AUGACGAGACUACGCCCACCAAAUUUAACGAUCCAGUCAAGAUCACACUCAUUCGAGUCCGAGUCGAGCGCGUUUCUCGAUACGUCUUCUGAAUCAAUAUCAGAAUCUCCGCUUGCAUCGGAUGAUGAGCUCUUGCAACUAUCUUCACCUUCUUCCUCGUCCUCGAGCCCCAUAGCCUUAAACAUUCCUGAUGCAGAAGAGUUAUCACGAGACUUGGCGGCACUUGCCCAGCUACGCCAAUCUGUACAGAAAAAUCUUCGUCUUCGACCAAUCCGUUCGUUUAGCAGAUUACCAAAGACUGCCGUUCCAAGCGUUGCCGCUAUUCCAUGGCGCCAAGAUCAACACCACCGCCAGCGGCAAGUUGACUCGGAUUCUUCUUCUCCAAAAAGUGCAAGCAGCACGUAUCUUACCCCCGUUGACAUCCGCUUCCCCAGUCCUCCUGCCUCAUCUCCCCCCGAACCUCCAAGCUGUGCCCGGAAGCCUCAGCAACGCUCCGUGUCUAUGCCAUCACCCCGCGUUCCCACUUCUGCUAUGGAUCCUACUGAAUUACUUAUUCGCCUCGCCUCUCCCACUCGUCCACUCCUCAUCGACACCCGCACUCACGUUGCCUAUGCCGCGACUCACCUUUUAGGAAGUAUUAAUAUCGCCAUGCCGUCCCUAAUUCUUAAGCGCUCAAAACGCACAUUACCGACUUUCGCAUCACUUCGCCAGUUCAUCACCAAUGAUGAAGGAAAAGAAGUUUUCGAUUCCUGGGACAUUGACGGGGAUGUCGUCAUUGUUCAUGGAGAAGAGACUGAUGAACGGGAGAGAGACAAUCCGGGCGUCAUUGCAUGGGCCCUGCUUUCAGUUCUUGCACGGUUCCUGAACCCGGACAAUGUAUGGUAUCUUCGCGGAGGAAUUGUAGGUGCUCAACUUCAUGCGCGACUCCGAAAGUACAUCAUCAAUGCUCCCCAUUCUCCUCCUUCUCCCUCUCAAGCCUCUUUGCAACUGCCAAAACCACCCAAGAGUGCAAAGGGAAGGGCAUUCCUUCAACUCGACACCCACAGCGCUGCUGGGCUCAGUAGCAGUGUGCAGAUCGAGCAGGAGGAUCAAGACCAUGGGGGUGAAAUGGAAAGACCGGGACACUCACCAUUACCAAUUAUGCCUGGGCUCUCACUCAGUCUUGAUAGCCCUAUAGAUUCUGACCCUCCGCCCUCCAAACUUGCCUUUCGCCGUCCACCUCCCCCACGGAGAUCAAAUACUCUUAACGUUGACAGUGCCAAGACAAACGGAAUCACGCGCAGCUCAACACUCCCUAUUACACCUUCGCAACAGGUUGUGUUCCUUCACCCUCCACCCGCAUCCCCGUCGCAUCUCACGCUUCUUCAUUCCAAUCACACACCUCCAGCGAGCGCAUUUAACUCGAGCUUUAAUUUCAAUCUCACCAAUGGUAGUUGCCUUGGGAAUGCGGGUCCAUAUCCACAAAUGCCCAUGACACCAUCUACUGCCAAGCCGACGCCCACAACAUCCACACCCAGUGGCACUUCCUCCGAUGCUGAAAACGAGCGCGAAGAGUUUGUCAUCUCUACGAUCCUCCCUAACUUCCUCUUCCUCGGCCCUGAACUCAUUUCACCUUCACAUGUCUCCGAAUUACAAUCCCUAGGUGUGAAGCGAAUCAUUAACAUUGCGGCUGAAUGCACAGACGAUCGCGGGCUAAUGCUCCGGGAACGGUUCGAGCGGUAUGUGCAUAUUCCAAUGAGGGAUUGUGUUGAGGAGGAAGGAGUACGCAAGGGGCUGAGUGAGGCCUGUAAUGUGCUUGACGAGGCCGCUCUCUACAACGCACCCACAUAUGUGCACUGUAAAGCCGGUAAAUCACGUAGUGUCACCGCAGUGAUGGCAUACCUUAUCCACAGCCACCACUGGCCGCUGGCACGCGCAUACCAGUUCGUGCUAGAGCGCCGCAAAGGUAUCAGCCCGAAUAUCGGGUUUGUAAGCGAACUCAUGGCAUUUGAGGAGGCAGAGCUCGGGCGUAUGACGAAGCCUAAGCCAUCUACUGCAGUGAGUGAAAGUAAUGUUGGGGACGUUGGUGUUGGCACAGGCAGGCGACCAGCGCAUGUCAGAGAGAGCUUACCUCCAAUGCCUUCAUGGGACCGCGAGGAGGAAGAAACAACAGAGGAAACGGGCCAAGAUAUGGAGAUAAGGGACCGGGAGGGACGGUAUCGACAUGCCAGGCGGGCUCCCGUGGAUGAGAACACUUUGCAGCCAAUGAGACGAGUGAGCAAGGCAGGUCUCGAGAGUGCUGGAUCGAUACAUGGCGAUGAUAGGGACGAAACGUGAUGCCACAUGAGAACUAGGUCAUACCCUGCUGUUUUGGUGCAUUGUCAAUGGACCAUUCUCUGAUCUCUCUAUAUACUCAACGAAUUACCUUAAACCCAAUGACUUGACUUACUUCAACAAUCGACUUGGAAAUUGUAACGUCGCUGUUGCCUUCAGUUUGAC